CCGACGCCUCGUCGACAGGAAGCUCUGUAUCUGUCCGGCUCUUUGCUCGUCCAAAGCACUUCGCCCUGUGCUUCGCCCUCAGAUGUAUAUACCAUUCACGAGAGCAACUCCCGGCGAGUCGGGAAUCUCUCGAGUCUUCGGGAAGAACAGGUAACCAGGAGCCGAGACAUUGACGUACGUCGCACGUACACUGCAACAAGAUCGCACCACGUCCCUUCCGCGGCGGAAAAGGGCGGCGUUCGUUCCGGAGAGCUCCGUUGGAAACGCGCGCUGGAAACCACCGCGAUCAAUCCCGCGACGUCAAUUGCACCCUCCCCAGCUUGAUACCACGGACUUCUAGCCAGCGAUCGAUCGAUUUCUCCAACGAUAUUCGAGAAGAAAGUUAAAAGUGUUUUUUCGGGGCCAAAGCAGCCCGGCGAGCGAAGAGGCUCCGGGAUCAAAGCAACAGGAAGACAUGGGUCCAAUGCCGGAGGCCUCGGGAUCUGGGAUGACCGACGAGGAUGACUACUCGACUUUCGAGAAUAAAACCGGCCUGGCCGAGGACAUGAAGUUUUUGGCGAGUAUGCCGGAACUCUGCGACGUGACAUUUCUCGUUGGUGACACCAGGGAGCCAGUUUGCGCCGUGAAAGCUGUGCUUGCGGCCAGAAGCAAAGUCUUUUAUAGAAUGCUAUUUGAAACUGCGAGCCCGCAACGCAAAAGGCCAACGCCGGCGAAAGAAAAUAAGAUUCGGCUCUUCCUCAAGCGCAGCUCCGAGCCGCUAUUAAAUUUGCAGAACGCUGCACAACAGCGGUCAGGGUUCACGCAGCAACUGGCCCCCAUCCAAGAGCCACAAUCACAUCAGCAUCACACGCUGAUCAUCGAGGAAUUCGAGCCCGAUGUCUUCCGGCAGCUGAUCGAAUACAUUCAUACGGGAUGUGUGACAUUGCAGCCUAGGACCUUGCUUGGGGUAAUGAACGCCGCCGACUAUUACGGAUUGGAAGAGCUUAGAAAAGCCUGCGCUGGCUUUGUACAAUGUUGUAUAACCGUUGAUACGGUCUGCGCUUUAUUAGCAUCAGCGGAGCGUUAUGUUCAAUACAAAUGCACGAGAUCCUUAGUUCAGAAGGUACUGGAGUUUGUCGAUGAACAUGGCAAUGAAGUAUUAAAUUUAGGCUCUUUUACAUUACUGCCGGAACACGUCGUUCGCUUAAUUCUUUGCAGAGAAGAUCUACGCGCAGAUGAAUUUACGAAAUUUCAAGCCGCGCUAAUGUGGAGUAAAAAAUAUUGCGACAACAAUCAAAAUACGCCACUGAAAGAUGUAAUUGGUAACUUUAUCGAGUACAUUCAAUUUCACAAAAUCCCGGCCACCGUACUGAUGCAAGAAGUGAAUCCAUUGGGAUUGGUGCCACCGGAAAUCAUCAUGAACGCAUUGGCUUAUCAGGCAGACCCAACCAGUGUCGACCCCAGAAAAUUCUCUCCCCACAGAGUGAGGAGAUCGGGUCGCAGCAUGUCGGUCCAGUCAUCGCUGGAUCCGUAUGGCAGCAUCACGACCUUGAGCUCGAGUGGCUCUGACGCCGGAUCGGAUCAGAAACAAAAUUCUGGAGCGGCGCCGACAGACAAUGUUAUCGUACGGGAAAAGGAGCAGAAAGAGCGACAGCGACCGCAACAGCAGCAGCAGCAGCAGCAGCAGCAGCAGCAGCAGCAGCAGCAGCAGCAGCAGCAGCAGCGGCAGCAGCAGGAACAACAGCAAGAGCAAGAAUCUCAAGUUCAGGUUCAUGCGGAGCAGGAGUCGCCUCGACCGCAGCGUCAACCGCAGGAACAACAGAAGCGGGAAGAAGUGCAACAGAAAGAACCGGGUCACCUACAGCAGCAAGUCCGUCAGAAGAUAGAGAAGGACCGGGAAACGCGAAAACUUCAGCAAGAGCAACAGCUGUUGCAGCGUAAACAGGAAUUGGAGGAGCAGCUGCGACGUAAAUUUGAACGAGAUGUGGCAACGUUGCAGCCAAAACUACAACUGGAGGAAAAAACGUUAAACGAAAUACGAAGAAUGUUGGAGAAAGGAAAAGAGGAACACCAGCAAAUUACGCUGAAGAAAGAGGACUCGAGGCGUCCGUCGAAAGAUGAACAGCAACAGCAAAAAGUGGACGCUAAGCAGCCACAACUGCAGAAGACGGACGAACAGGCGGAACAACAGAAACGCAAACAACUGCAAGAAUCGUUGGAUAAAAGUGAGCGUGCGAAAGUGCCCAAGCAAGAUGAGAAAACGCAACUCGUGGAAGUAUCACAUCAAGAGUCGCUUAUGCAACAGCAAAAAGUGGAGAUAACGGCGCAGCCGGAAGAUCAAAAGGUACAACAGCAACAGAUGGAGAAGUUGCAGUUGGAGCAGCCUGUAGAAUUACAGCAGCAGCAGCAGCAGCCGCAGCCGCAUCAAGAGCAGCCGGGAAUCCGGCCGCACGAGGGAAUCGGUGGGCUUUACAUUAGGAUAGUGCUGAGGCACGAGGCACGUCGCGCUAAUCUGGUCUGGCUAUACAAAACGCAUAUAUUCUAAAUUCUGAUUAUUUGCCUCGUCGCUUCCGUUUGAAUGUCUUGAAUGAUCUUGCAGCUAUAUGGCUCUACGACUUUAUCCAUCCAUGUUGAAAGGUACCGUGAAUGCGAGACGCAUUGCGUUUGAUAUUUAGACGCGUCACACAUAGCGCUCCGCAUAUUCCAGGAUUACUUAAUGUCUUAGGAGAGUAUCGGCGUUUCCUUUAACAUUCUAAUGUUGACGCGCUGACGUGAUGUGCGCGUCAGAACAUCAACUGGUGCAUAUAAUCAGCUUCUUCUUUACAGCGCAAGCGAAGCUUUAACGGCAUCCAGCACCGUAAUCUCCAUAUGCGCGUAGCCACUUCUAAAUGUAAUAAAUCAGAGGAUUCUGUUAGGCUCGAUUGUCCGUGAAAGAAGACAAAAUAAUCGUACUCGUGUUAUUGUUGCAAAAGGAAAUAUAUAUUUGUUAAACGUGCAAAAUGUGCAAACGUAAAUAUGUGCAUUUAAAGAAAAAUGCAUCCGUCGGCUUCGUUCAUCAUGAUUUCUCUAUCGUUCGACAAGUAUACAGUACCGUUCGGUCAAAUGGAUUCAUUAUUGCAGAUAAUUAAUAUGAAUUAAUUAAAUAAAUGUGUCUAAAGAUGCGGCUUCUUAUAAUUUCAUCAGUACAUUAUAUGCAUUUUUAUGAUCAUUAGCGUUAAUAAUUUAUCUCGUGCAAUUGCUCUCUAUUUUUAAUUCCUAAUUUAUAAAAAUUCCUUCAUAUUACUCUUCGCUAUCUCUGUUGAACUGUUUCUAUUAUUAAUUAACGAAAUUACAUUAAUGUUGAGCUUUUCACUGCGGGACAUACGUAGUUAUAGUAACAAUUUCAGAGAGAUACUAUAUACGCUUGUUAAAAGUAGAUCUGAUAUUAUAUUAUAGCAAAGAGAGAUGCAGAGCAUAUUCUAUAUCAUUCUAGACAACGUGGCGGCGAUUUGACAGUAACAGAUGACCGUUGGAGAAUCCGAUGUUUUGCCAUAGGCGCUUCCCUCGACAUUAUUAUACCCGACGUAAGACAUAUUCAUUUUUCCAGUCAAUUGAACCAUUAAUUCUCAGAAAAUCAGAGAUCGCAACGAAGCUACGGUUCGGGUAAUAAAAGAAGUCUGAACACUCACUAGAUAAAUCUCACUGAAAAACGAACGCUACUGCUGUAGUUUUUAGCUAUAGGUGUAAUUGAUGCAUGCAGCUACAACACAAAUUACACGUUACACUUCAUUCCGUUAUAAAUAAACAACAUGCACCAAAGUUUAGACACGUACACGCGCAACCUUAGUAGAUAUCAGUUAGAUAUCAGUCCGGUAAAGAUUAGAGAAGCAACUUAAUUUUUAAAUAAAGUUUAGCACGCGCAUAGAUCAAAACAUAUAAUAUCAGCAAUAGCUGAGUGUAAAGAUAAAGCGCAACUGAUAAUGUUUUUAUUAUUGUCGCAGGUAUAGCUUAUUUGCGUAGAUGCGUCAAAAAUAUGUUUAUAAGUGUGAAUUUUACUUGAAUAUGUAUUGUUAUCUGUUUGUGUGCAGCGACAUAUUUCUAUUGUUUUAUACAUAAGACGAUGUAUAAUAUAUGAAGAAAAAAAAAUAUAUAUAUAUAACAUCGUUGAGUAGCCUAAAUGGCGCGAACUCUUUAUUACAAUGUUAAUCGUUAAUGCGAUCGCGAGUGGAAUGUAUGGAUAAAGUACGGCAUAAAGUGUUAUACUGAUAUUAUUUCUUCUUGUUAAAAAAAUGGCUUCAAUUAAAACUAAUUAACAUGUUCACCAUCACCGACGCGCAGGCGCGUCUAUGAUUUACGCUUGUCUCCUUUUUUAAGCGCUCAACGUUUAAGCGCCCGAAGUUUUAUACAGUUUGCUGCCUCAAACUAAAAUCACUUUUUAGAAGAAAAUUACGACGAAAUGUUCCUGGCAAAAAUAAACGAAUAAUUAGUGAUAGUAAACGUGUUAAUUCAAUUAUUUCAUUAGUAAUUUACUAUUCUGCGCUUAUUUCGGUAAUGUUGCGUAUUUAUUCUAACAAAUUCGAUAUUAUGCCAGCAUCCGUUAGUCUUCCAUCUGUUCUUAUUCCGCGAUGAAAAUACUUAAGAAUAAAUUUUUCGUCUUAAUAUAUACAUAACGUAUAUUAUAACACGAUUAUAACUUUAAGUUUCCUCUACUAAUUAAGUAUUUAUGCGUCUGAUUUUAUACAUAUCCCUCUUCUUGUAAAGAACAUACUCUAUAUAUAUAGGAAACUAUACCGCGUUACUUCUAUUCGAAGAUGAAGCUAUACGAUAGAAAGGAGGAGAAACAGGUCUUGUGAAAUUGUAUAAAGUUCAAGCCGUUAAUUCGCUGGCGAUCGGUAUAACUAAAACUCUAUCUAAAAGUUCGAUCUAUUUACUGUGAUAUGCCGUAGCCAAAUCAGUCCAACUCUAUAAAUAAAGAGCAUCAUGUCAAA